GCCUGAGGCAGGAGCACCGGCGCUUCCCCUACAACACUCCGGCCUCUUUCGCCGCCAUGACCACGCAGCACGCGUGGGAGAUACAGAAAUAUCUCAUGGAUCGUGAAUUCCCUUUUACGUGGUUAAAGUCAUGGCAAUUCGCCCUUUUCCGCACCUACGGCAUCCCAACCAUCAGCAAGCUUCUCGUCCAGACUAAGCAGCUCUCCACUUGCGGCAAUGCCCCCAGACGCUACGUUGAUACCGAAGUCCUCAUCCAAGAGUUCACCGCCUACGCUCCCAACUCAGAGCGUGCCAAUUCCGCAAUUGCCCGCAUGAACUAUUUGCACGACAUGUACCGAAAAUCGGGGAAGAUAUCUAACUCAGACUUGCUUUACACUUUGUCUCUAUUCGCGCUAGAGCCAGUGCGUUGGAUCAGCCGCUACGAAUGGCGCCAACUGACGCCCAUGGAACUGUGCGCCAUUGGCACGUUUUGGAAGUCCGUUGGCGACGCAAUGGACAUUUCUUACCAUGUCCUUCCGUCCAAUGGAGCUGGAUGGCGUGAUGGUCUGCAAUGGUAUCAGGAAGUUCUAGACUGGAGUCAAGCAUAUGAGGCAGAAUGCAUGAUUCCAGACGGCGCUAACAGGAGGACGGCCGAUGAGACUACCGCCAUACUGCUGUACGACGUGCCAGAGUUUUUGAAAGACGCCGGCUUAAAAGUCGUGACUGCUUCGAUGGAUGACCGUCUGAGAAAAGCCAUGAUGUAAGCUCGAAAGA